GUCAAAUUCUACUUUUCAUAAAUGUUAUGAAAAAAUAUUUUAAUUACCUAUUGCUUUAUAAAAUAUGUAAAAAUAAUUGCGGAAAAAUAUAUAGCUAUAGCUGCUGCCUUAGGUAUUAAAAAAUAACUGCAAGAAAUAGGUGUUGUUAUAUUUGAGAUAAAAGGUUAGUUUUUGACAAAAAUUAACAAUUAUUGUAAUGGAAGACAUAGAGCAAAGAGCUGUACGAUAUAAACAUGAAGCCAUUAAAAAACUAUCGUCAAAGAGUUUUUUACAAAGUUUAUUUGGGACCAAUAAAACCGACCAGGCUAUCGACUAUUACCAGAGAUCAGGAAAUUUGUUUAAGAUGUUAAAAAAUUGGAAGGAAGCGUCCUAUGUUUUUAGUGAAGCAGCAGAAUUACAAGUAAAAAUUGGCAAUGAGUAUGACGCUGGAAAUAGUUUUGUUAACGCAGCAAAUUGUUCAAAAAAAUACGAUUUAGAAAAGGCAAUUUAUUAUUUGUUUAGAGCAAUAGAAAUCUACGCUUCGCUGGGAAAAUUUGCCACGGCUGCCAAGUAUCACAAAACUAUAGCAGAAUUGUAUCACGAAAACCAAGAAAUAGAAAAAGCCUUGAAACAGUAUGAACAAGCUGCAGAGUACUACAAAAACGAGGACAACCUUUGCGCAGCAAAGGCUUGCCUUAUCAUUGUCGCCGAGCAGAAUGCUUUAAGAGAAGACUAUGCUAAAGCCAUACAAUUGUUUGAACAAGUCGCUGAUUAUGAAUUAAACAGUAAUUUAUUGAAAUAUAGUGCUAAAGACCGAUUUUUUCAAGCUGCUCUCUGCCAAUUGUGUUUGGAUGAUGCACAAGUUCCUAGAAUGAUUGAAAAAUUUAACAUAAAGUGUCCGUUUUUUGGGGGUUCAAGAGAAGAAGGCUUUAUUAAUUUGUUGUGUAAAAGUAUAGAGUGUAAUAAUUUGGAAGAAUUUAAUUUUCAAGUAAAAACUUAUGAUUCAGUAUCUAAGUUCUCCACUUGGUAUAUUUCCGUUUUGUUAAAAAUAAAGAGAAGAAUUGAAGGUGUAAUUGAUUUAAAAUAAAAAAAAGUUUGUAUGUCCACCAAUUUAUUAACAUAAUAUUAUUAUAAUAUAAAAAUAAAAAACAUAUACACCACAAAUUAAUGAACAAAAUAAGUUUUAAUAUACAUUUAGCACAUCAUCAGUCAAAAAUAGGUAUUGUGAUGAAUAUAUUAAAUAUAUCUAACACUUCCAUUUAAUUUAUUUAACUUAAAGUAAAUCUAACAGUUUAAUGAAGCAUUUAAAAACACGUAGGGCUUUAACGUCUUAAGGAAAAUAUACCGGUUUUAAUACUGGUUUUUAAAAGUAGCUUUAUCAAGUUUUUCGUUGUACUAUAGGUAUAAAACUAAAAAGCCUUGAUAGUAGUUUUGACAAAUUUCAAUUUUCCAUGUGUAAAGUCCAAAAUUAAAAUAGCAUUAAAAUUGUCAAAUGUACUGUAAAGACUUGAAAAAUGACACUUUAUUUACACAAAAUCAUCAAACAAACCUAAAUGAAUUUAAACGCACAUGAUCUACUGAGGGUUGGGUUGUGGUGGAUAGUUUCCAUAUCCAUAUUGACCUUGUGGAGCUGAUGUCACAGUCGGACUGGGGCUGUUGCUGGGAGGUGCAGAGAACGGAGGGGAUUGAGCGUUGUUAGUGCCGUAGUUUUGGGGGGCCGAUGCCGGCGGGUUUGAGUAUGCUGGAGUUGUUUGGGGCUGACUUGCCGGCGGAGGCGGAUAACCUUGUUGAGGAGGAUAUCCUGUUAAAAAUUAUGACAGUUAAAAACCAU